AGUCAUCAUUGAAAUUUUUGUAUGAAGUAGAAGACCUUCUUUGCCUCCCUCUGACUUCUUUCCCCUCUUCAUUCUCUCUCUAUUUUAUCUCUCUUCAAUAUAUAUACAACUAUUAUAUCCACUUUGUCUGUUUAUUUCCAAAGUCUUCCUACAAAGCUACUUUAAAUUUCUCUCUCUAAAUAUUAAUUAAAAAAAAAAUGGGAAGAGCACCAUGUUGUGAUAAAGCAAAUGUGAAGAAAGGGCCAUGGUCUCCUGAAGAAGAUGUUAAACUCAAAGAUUACAUUCAUAAAUUUGGCACUGGUGGUAAUUGGAUUGCCCUUCCUCAAAAAGCUGGUUUGAAGAGGUGUGGGAAAAGCUGCAGAUUAAGAUGGCUUAAUUACUUAAGACCAAAUAUUAAACAUGGGGACUUCUCUGAUGAUGAAGAUAGGAUCAUUUGCAGCUUGUAUGCUACUAUUGGAACCAGGUGGUCAAUAAUAGCCGCUCAAUUACCAGGAAGGACAGACAAUGAUAUCAAGAAUUACUGGAAUACCAAGCUUAAGAAGAAGCUAAUGGGAAACAUUAUUACUAAUAAUAAUAAUUCCCCUAAUUUAAAUAUUAGUAAUCACAAAAAAUCCCUUAACUAUUAUCCUAUGCUUCAAAAUAAUCUCUACCCUUCAUCACCAUCAUCAUCUCUGUUAUCCUCACCUUCUUUCCAGUGUACCAGCACAUACCCUAUAACUAUGUCUUUUUCAGAAGGGUGUUCAAAUAAUAAUAGUAAUACCCUAAUUCUCAUGCAAAAUCAUCAACAGCAAGUAAAAGACAAUAGUACCCUUCUCGAGUUCGGUGGCGAUCAUCAACAACAACCAAGUAGUUGUAGUUCUGAUGGGAGUGGGAGUAUUACUCAGAUGAUCACUAAUCAAGUAAAGAUUGAAGAUAAUCAGCAGAAUAAUUAUGGGUGUUUUUACGCGAAUCAAGUUGUUAAUCAUCAACAAGAUGGUCAAGGGAAGAUGGUGUUGGUGGAGGAGAAGUCAUCUUGUGUUAGAGGAGAUAGUGCUGUAUUAUGGGGGCAAAAUGGUCAAACUACUACUUCUACUUCAUUGUUGGAGAAUUAUGGGUUAGAGGAGAUCAAGCAGCUAAUUACCACUAAUUACAGCUUUCAUGAAACUAAAGAAGAGGAAAAAGACAUGACCAAGGUGAUGUACUAUUAUUAUUGAUCACCAAGAUUAUAAAUUUAUUAUUAUUAGAUCGAAUUAUCUUUUUGUAACCAUGUGUAGUUCUCGACUUCUGGUAUGUUUUAUCGUACCAAUAUUCGUAGGAAUUAGUUAGAUUGUUUCUUUAUUAAA